GUUGAAACUUAAACUAAAGCGUGGAACAUUGUUGUGUGUGGCACUGUUGUUUUUAGUAGCCAUAAAACAACAAUAAGUGGCAUUACAAACCACACCCAAAUAAUAUGUCAGUAUAGAAACAAACAUGAUUACCAUGGUAGCAAUUGUGUAUGUCUCUAUUUAUUUAUUUAGUUAUUUAUUUAUUUAUUUGAAGGAGAUUUGUUAUAGGAUCCAGGUGUGUUAGGGGCGUGUCCAUGAGCACGCUGCUCUUCUUUCUUCCUGUUGUGUGUGUGUGUGUGUGUGUGGUUUUUAAAUUUUUUUUUAAUUGUCGCUCUUCAGGUCGGGUCUGAUUGAAUGACUGUAAUAGAAAGGCAUCUGAUUCUCGGCGCGCGAGCUUUUUAUCCAAUAGGCGGUGCUUAUCCGGAGUGACGUCGGGACAUUUCUUUCUCUUUUUUUUCCUUAAAAAAAAAAAAGAAAGAAAAGAAAAAAAAAGAAACCUUUUAGUCAAGUGAUUUACACAGAGAGAGAAGUUGAUGCCGGGGGUCUUACCGACCGGAACCGACUCUUUCAUUAAUGAUCAUUUUUAUCAUUUCAUUUCCUUCUCGGGAUUUGGUUCUGUCGCACCUCCACAGCCUUAAAUCGCGUGUUUUGUGUUUGCGUUUGCGAGUGUGUGAGAGUGUGUGUGAGUGUGUGUGAGCGCGCGUGCGUGUGUGUGUGUGUGUGUGUGCAGUGCGUGUUUUUCUUUCUUUCUUUCCUUUUUUCCCCCCCCUCUCUCGCUGUUGUUGUUGUUUUUGUUGUUUGCUGCUGCUGUUAAUUUCCGUGCCGUGUUUGGAUCAUGAAUAAACUGUACGUGGGGAACCUGAGUCCCUCGGUCACAGUGGAAGACCUGAAGCGGUUGUUCGGCGAGCGCCAGCUGCCCGUCAGCGACCGGACCGUCUUACUCAAGUCCGGUUACGCUUUCGUUGAUUUCCCUGAUCAGAAGUGGGCCAUCAAAGCCAUUGAAACGCUGUCGGGGAAAGCCGAGUUGCACGGAAAGGUGAUCGAGGUUGAUUAUUCCGUUCCCAAAAAAUUAAGGAGUCGUAAGAUUCAGAUCCGGAACAUUCCCCCUCACCUGCAGUGGGAGGUUUUGGACAGCCUGUUAUCGCAGUACGGCUCAGUAGAAAACGUGGAGCAAGUGAAUGCUGACUCAGACACAGCUGUGGUGAAUGUCACAUACGCAUCAAAAGAGGAAGCUAAAGAGGCCAUCGAAAAGUUGACGGGCCACAGUCUGGAGGAUCACUCCUUCAGCGUGUCCUACAUUCUGGACGUGGAGGGCAGCGAGAACGAGAGUGACUCGGGACCCCAGGCUCAGCGUGGGGCGUCCCGAGGAGGCAGAGGGAUGCGCGAGUCUGACUCCGCCCACUCCGGGGCCAUGGGGGGCCUGCAGGGAGCUCACCACACACACCAUGAGCUCCCGCUGAGACUGCUCGUCCCCACGCAAUUUGUGGGAGCCAUCAUUGGCAAAGAAGGACUCACCAUCAAGAACAUCACCAAGCAGAGCCAGUCCAAAGUGGACAUCCACCGUAAGGAGAAUGCCGGGGCUGCGGAGAAGCCCAUCACCAUCCACUCGUCUCCGGAGGGCUGCUCACACGCCUGCAGGAUGAUCCUGGAGGUCAUGGAGAAAGAAGCCACCGACACCAAGACUGCCGAGGAGGUCCCUCUGAAGAUCUUGGCCCAUAACAGUCUUGUAGGGCGGUUGAUCGGUAAAGAAGGAAGGAACCUGAAAAAGAUUGAGCAGGACACUGGGACCAAGAUCACCAUUUCCCCCCUGCAGGAUUUGACCAUAUACAACCCGGAGCGUACCAUCACAGUGAAGGGAGGGGUGGAGGAGUGCUGUAAUGCAGAGGUGGAAAUCAUGAAGAAGCUGAGAGAGGGGUACGAGAACGACGUGGCUGCCCUAAACCUGCAGACGGCACUGAUCCCCGGCCUGAACCUGAACGCUUUGGGGAUUUUCUCUCCUGCGCUGCCUGUCCUGUCUUCAGCCACAGGACCACGUGGAGUCACUUCAGUUCCUUCCACCUACAACCCUCUACUGGGUCAGGCAUCAGCACUGGCUGGUUUGUACGGCUCUCCCCCUGCUCUACCCCUCCAACAGACCGCUCCAGAGCAGGAAGUGGUAUAUCUUUUCAUCCCCACUCAAGCCGUUGGAGCUCUAAUAGGGAAGAAAGGACAGCAUAUCAAGGAGCUGGCACGGUUUGCCGGAGCGUCUAUCAAAAUCGCUCCAUCAGACAGUCCUGAUGCCCCGGAGAGGAUGGUCAUCAUCACCGGCCCUCCUGAAGCCCAGUUUAAGGCUCAGGGUCGGAUAUACAGAAAGCUAAAGGAGGAGAACUUUUUCACCGCUAAGGAGGAAGUGAAGCUGGAGACACACAUCAAAGUCCCUGCUGCUGCCGCUGGUCGAGUCAUUGGCAAGGGCGGGAAAACGGUGAACGAGCUGCAGAAUCUCACCAGCGCUGAGGUCAUCGUCCCGAGAGACCAAACGCCUGACGAGAACGACGAGGUGUUUGUGAAAAUCAUCGGGCAUUUUUUUGCUAGUCAGACUGCGCAGAGGAAGAUCAGGGAAAUCAUCCAACAAGUCAAACAGCAACAGCAGAAAAACCAGCAGGGGGCAGCGACACCAUCGCAGCACACCAAGUGACCAGCAGGGGGCGGCCAGCAAGCAGCAGCAGCAGCAGCAGCCUAUGAAUGUAGCUCCUCCGAGCGCAAACCAAAUCGAGCAAAACGGCGCAAGAGAACGAAAAAAACAAGCGGGAGGGAAACACACGAGAAGGACAUGCAACAAGAUUGAAACCAAAGAACCUUAUAAGACCUGAGCGAGCCUCACUCCGAGAGCAAAAACAACCCUGUGAGCGCUCCGAACAUCCGGACGAGCGCGCCUGUAGGUGACUGAAUGUGUGGAGAUGCUGUGUAACGGUACGCUGGGUUGGAUCUGUCCUCUGAGAAGCACACAUUAUUAGCGAAGCGGAAAUCCGGCUGCUUGUGAGACGAUCUUACCAGCAGACAUCGCGCUCCUGUCCAUACAGGAGCGGAAGCGGCAGCCGUAAGCACAUUCAGGCUGAGCGCGAGCACACUGUGUUAAUGUAGCCUGACUAGCAUUUAACAAUGUGGACUGUUGAGCGAGUGACACAUGACUACCUGAGGGAGUGUUGGGUAAAGACGAGUAGGUGUAUAACAGUGUUCAUUGAUUAGAAGACCUUAAUGUGCUUUCUUUCGAGUUGUCUGUAGCCUUAGAUAGUUUUAAUUUAAAAAAAAAAAAAACAAAAACAAAAAAAAAGGGCAGAUUUUCCGACGUAUUUAGCGUGUGGCAAAGCAGUUAGCAUGUCCCGAAGACACUCUGAAAUUUCCUUAGCGUAGCUGCUAAUUUAGCACUUUUUAGUGUUGGUUAAUCAGGCCUUAAAUGCGAAUAAAUAGUCCGAAUUUAGUUUAGUUGUUUUAAAGCUUAGCACAAGAUGCUUAGUUUUGGUUUACUAGCCUCCGUGCUAACCCGCUUCUCCCGUCUCGCUUUUCUUUUCAUCCCUGUGUUUCUUUCCCAGUUUCAUCCCAAAGUUCCUCUGCCCAAGAUGAAAGUCUACUGAGCUCUCCAGGCCUACAAAUUAUGAGGGAGGAAAAACAAAAACAAAAGCGUUUAUGAUUAUGAUUGUGAAGUCUCCAGUCAGCCUGAUUUUAUUGCGAAUGCUGUUUUGGGAAAGCCAGAAUGGCCUCACUUUAUCCUAAAUACAUGUUGUGUACUAGAUCCAACAAAAGCACUUAAAAUAUUUUAGCGUGAAGCAAAAAAAAAAAAAGUGAACAGCAAAAGUCUGGUGAAGUGCAAGUGCAAUAAGUAGAGGCUGCCUACAAGCUGCGUUCAGGACAAUUAAUCACGUCCUGGACAGGAGCCUGAUAACUAGUGAAUGUAUACAGUGUUUCUACCUGCCUUCUGCAGCACACAGCGUCCUGUCUGUCUCGCUCUGUCUCGCUCUCUGUCUAUCUCUCUCUGUCUCUCUCUGUCUGUCUCUCUCUGUCUAUCUCUCUCUGUCUCUCGGUCCCUCUCUCUGUCUUGCUCUCUGUCUGUCUCUCUCUGUCUCUCUCUCUCUGUCUGUCUGUCCCUCUCUCUGUCUCUCUCUCUGUCUGUCUCUCUCUGUCUCUCUCUCUCUCUGUCUGUCCCUCUCUCUGUCUGUCUAUCUCUCUCUGUCUCUUUGUCUGUCUCUCUCUCUCUCUGUCUCUCUCUCUGUCUCUCUCUCUUUCUGUCUGUCUGCCUGUCUCUAUCUCUGUCUCUCUCUCUCUCUCUCUGCCUGUCUCUCGGUCUGUCUGUCUGUCUUUCUAUCUUUCUUUCUUUUCUUUUCUUUUUUUCAUCUUUUAGUCUUGUAUUUUAAUUUUUUCUUCUCUUUUUCAUUUCUUUUUGUUAUCUUUUCACCUUUUAUAUUUCCCCCUUCAUUUUAAUGUCAUAGCUUUUUCUUUCUUUUUUUCCUUUUUAAAUUGGUUCUUUUCUUCAUUUUGUCAUGUUUAAUCCCUUUCUUUCUUCCGUUCUUUUUUCCGCUUGAUUUUUUUCUCUCUUCUAUUUUUGUUGUCUUCAUUUCUUUUCGUUUAUGCAUUUCUAUCAUCCUUCCUUCUCUUUAUUUUUUAUUUUCUGUGGGUUUUUUUUCCCCCUUCUUUUUCUCCUACAUCUUUCUUUCUUGCUUUCUUUUCUUUCUUCUGUUCCCGUUGUGUCCUGCUUUCAAGGCAUGUGGAUUGUCUUUUGAUCAUUUUUGCCAUUACCUGGCUUGUAAGAAAGUUUGUGCUUGUUCUUGUGUGUCCUGAACCUAAAGAAAGAAGAAUAUAUGAGGAUUUUUUUUUUUUUUUUUUUUUAAAGAAGUAAACCCUACAAUCAUACAAGGUGAAUGUGGGACGUUUAUGGCUUGUCCGUUUGUUUUUUAAGAUAUGUGACCUUUAAAAUGCUGCCCUUUAAAAUUCAUAACGACGGUUUUAAAAGCCAUCAAAGAUGCUGACUUCUAUGAAAAGAAUUGACAGUGGGGACGGUUGACAUCGGUAUCACCCUGUUGUCUGAAAUUUCCAGAGCAGUGAUAAAGAGAAGGUGGUGUAUGAGCGGUUAGCGUGAUCUAUUACUACACUGAUGAGGUGCUGAUCAACCUGUUAAACACAAAGCAUAGCAGUUUAUUUAUGGAUACAUUAAAACAAUUUUAAAAAAUUAAAAAGCAUGCCGUGCUAAUGCGAUUGUCUGCGCAGGUCGAGAAGCUAACCUUCACGUAAACCAGUAUGAGAAAUAACCUUCUACCUCAAGAACAAGGUACCUCAGACCAAUUACUUUCUACAUAUUUUGUAUAAACCUUGUAAAGCUCAUGAGCGAUUUUUUUUUUUUUUUUAAUUUUCUAAAUAAAAAGAAGAGCGAUUUUAAAAAAAAUAAAUAAAAAACCGAGAAUUAGUAAAGAUGGUGUGUGCUGUACCAUCACCGUGCUUUUUCUUGGGAAAGGGGCGUGUGUGCCUCGUAUCAGAAGCUGUACAUUGCUGUACCUUAUUGGACCUUAAAGAGUUCCUUGUUGAGGUUGAUAUAACUAACGCUAGCACAACUGACUACCUGGAGAGAUGAGAUUAACACCGGUCUUGCAUUAGGUUAGAGAUUUUUUUUUUUUUCCCCCAAAAGUAUUUUGUUUAACAUAGACUUAACAUUAAAAUAGAAUUCACAUGGCAGAUAUGCGACAUGCUGUAAGUGUCAGUAGGAAGAAACGAUAUGUAGCUGAACAAUUCUGACUGCUUGCUAGGUACAACUUUAUUUUAUUAUUUUUAUUUUUUUUUUGCAGUGUAAUUCUGUAGCGAAGUCUUUCCACUCUGAAGGUUGCAGUAUAAUCAUUAACGCAUCUGUUAGCAUCCGAAUAGCCGCUAACACCAAUCUGUGUGGUUUUAGGAGUUUUUUUUUUUCUUUUCUUUUCGUUUAACGCUGUUACAUGCUGUUUGAUUUCCAUCUGUAGUGCAGAGUUGAUCACUAUCUAACCUGGUUGUCGGUUUAUUUACAGUUUUGUUGCUUUUUGACAAACUUUAGCGGAAGUGGACUGCACUACGCUCGUGUUCUUGUGCUUCUGGUGUUGUUUUUCCACGUUUCUCUGUAUCAGGUUCUUCACACCUGUACUGUGAACGGUUUGGCUUUUAGACAUGCCAGACCUGUGAAAGCACUGGAUUAUAACAGUGCCUAUUAACACAAAAUACAUUUUUAGAGCACACAUAAGCUUCUACUAACGUUUCCAUUGAGGUUUUUAUUUUCUUUUGCUUUGUAGCUAAGCCACACAGGCCACCAGCUUGGACAUGAGCAAUAAAGAGACACUUUAAAACAA